GGACACAUGAAGAGUGGCAGCAAGGAGGUGAAAUCACGUGAGAGGUUGGGUUCCAGUUCAUGCACACAGGCACGCACGCAGGGCUCGCUUUGGGGGAGCGAGUUGUGCAGUUUCAUAGUCACAAAAACACACCCUUAAUCCAUCACGAGCGACGCGUGCCUGGGUUUGGUUGGGUUACCCGGUACUCUGUUAGGGGAGGGUGGGUUUGGCGAUUUCGGAUAAGUAAGAAGGGGUCGAAUUUGGAUGGAUGAGGCAGAGAGCAGUUGUGAUUAGGCUAGCUUGGGAGAAAAGGGGUCACGAGGCGGCCCUCCGCUUGCGACCCCCGCCUGGCCGCAACGUGUCCAACGGACGAUCUGUAACUUACUGUGGGACUCAGUACGGGACUUUUCUCUCCCUUCGCUCUCUCUCAGACACACACUCACACACAGUUAGCAAAGGUAUCCUAUCAAUCUCAACUCAGAAGUCUCCCCAAAGCAAAAUCUCUUAAUCCAUUUGGACAGGAAAAGAAAGAAAGGAAAGGUGUAUCUCUACUCUCCAUGUGACUAUAAAAUUCUUCAUACAAUUCGUCUUUCCCCCCUUUUUUGAAUUUCCUCCAUUUUUAACUCCCUACUCUUUUCUUCCUCUUUCCCUCAACUGUUCCCCUUUGUCCUUCAGUACUACUGUCGGCACCUGCUUGUAAUAUAAAGCCCCUCUCCCAUUACUCCCCACUCCCCAAAACCCAACCAAUCUGCUCCAUCCCUUCUUCUAUCAUGCAGCCGCCUUCUCCUCCCUCUGCAAUUACUCUUCUCUCUUCCUUCCUCUUCUUGCUUUCCCUUCUUUGGUCAUUCUUCUUGUUCUUCCAAUGGCGUCAGCGUUGUCAUCACCACCACCAUCACAAGCUCCUCCCACCUGGUUCCAUGGGUUGGCCUUACCUCGGCGAGACUCUAAAGCUCUACACUCAGAGCCCCAACACCUUCUUCUCCACUAGGCAGAAGCGGUAUGGCAUUAUAUUUAAGACCCAUAUACUGGGAUGUCCUUCUGUGAUGAUUUCCAGACCUGAAGCCGCGAGGGCAGUGCUUGUAAGUCAAGCCCAUUUGUUCAAGCCCACUUAUCCACCUAGUAAAGAGAUUAUGAUUGGACCCGAGGCCCUUUUCUUCCACCAAGGCGACUAUCAUUCUAUGCUAAAGAAGUUGGUUCAAUCCACCUUCCUUCCUUCUACAAUCAGAGGUUCUGUCUCCGAGAUUGAACAAAUUGUACUCAAAUUCCUUCCUACAUGGGAUAACACCACCAUUAAUACUCUCGAACAGAUGAAGAGGUUCGCUUUUGAGGUGGCAAUGCUCUCUGCCUUUGGCGGUGGUUGGGACAUAGAUAAGGAGAGGAUCAAACAUUUGUACCAGUGCUUGGAGAAAGGCUACAAUUCCAUGCCUUUCAACCUCCCUGGGACUCCCUUCCACAGUGCAAUGAAGGCAAGGACGCUACUGAAUGAGACCUUGAUAAGGGUAAUCCAGAAUAGAAGGGAAAGUAAUGGUGAGGACCAAGGUGGGGGCUUGUUGGGAGUUCUAUUGAGGCAUAAAGAUGACAACCUUAACCAUCUCACCGACUCUCAAGUUGCUGAUAAUAUAAUUGGAGUCAUAUUCGCUGCUCACGAUACGACUGCGAGUGUGCUCACUUGGAUACUCAAAUAUUUGCAUGAUCAUGGGCAUCUUCUGGACGCUGUUACUAAAGAACAGGAGGGAAUUGGAAGAGAGAUACUCGAAGGAAAACGUGGGCUUACGUGGGAAGAUACGAGGAGGAUGCCGCUGACAAGCAGGGUGAUUCAAGAAACUUUACGGACAUCGAGCAUUGUGUCGUUCACAUUCAGAGAAGCAGUUGAAGAAGUAGAGCUUGAAGGCUACAUAAUCCCCAAAGGAUGGAAGGUUCUUCCCCUCUUCCGAACCAUUCAUCACUCUCCUGAUUUCUUCCCUCACCCUCAGAAAUUCGACCCUUCAAGAUUCGAGGUGCCACCAAGACCCAACACCUACAUGCCGUUUGGUAACGGUGUCCACUCGUGUCCAGGCAGUGAGUUGGCCAAGCUUGAGAUACUUGUCCUCCUCCACCACCUUACCCCCACUUACAGGUGGAAGGUUGUUGGGGACGACGAAGGAAUCCAAUAUUGCCCCUUCCCCGUACCAAAACGAGGCUUGCCCAUAAGUGUAACUGCUAGGAUCAACAAGACGAAACUAUAAUACCAACAUCCUCCUAAGUCCCAGUGUGACGGGGGGCCUGUGAGUGUGGGUGUGUUAAGAGCUGGGAAAGUUGGUCCUUUUCUUUGUGCAUGCUUGCAGACAAAUGAAAAAAAAAAUAUUAAAACCCUUUACUUCUCUUGCAUGCAUAGUUGAGGAAGGGGGAGAACAGAAGAAAUUCGCGUACUUUAUGUCAACAAAGUUGAAUCAUGUCAAUUUAGAUUUGGAA